CUACAUACCUGUUUCUUGGUUAAAGAACCCACCGUGUCCUUUGGUAUAGACAAUACACAUAUCACAUUCUUCCUACCCGACAAUACUGAAAAUUCCCAGUCAAAGAGCUGUUCCGGCUCGGCUUUGGCUGUCUUCUGAUUGUACCGUUAGCUUUGGUGGAAAACGCACCAAGUCAAAAUAGCUCGAGUUUGCGAUUCGACCCAACUAUCCGAUUCCAACGUUACCCGCUCAUCAUCAUUAUCCAACGUUACCCAAGCGCAAACCCCGCCAACCGCGUCCGGUGUCGUUUAAUACUAGAGAUAUCGAAGUUUGGACACUACAAUGGCCGACCUACAAGGACGUAAGGUCUUCAAGGUUUUUAACCAAGACUUUAUCGUCGACGAGCGGUACACCGUUACCAAGGAAUUAGGACAAGGUGCUUACGGUAUUGUUUGCGCCGCUGUUAAUAACCAGACCAACGAGGGUGUCGCCAUCAAGAAGGUCACCAAUGUCUUUAGCAAAAAGAUCCUAGCGAAGCGCGCCUUGCGCGAGAUCAAGCUCCUGCAACACUUCCGAGGCCAUCGUAACAUCACAUGUCUUUAUGAUAUGGACAUCCCUCGGCCAGAGAACUUCAAUGAGACAUAUCUAUAUGAAGAAUUGAUGGAAUGCGACUUGGCUGCGAUUAUCCGUUCAGGCCAACCGCUUACCGACGCUCACUUCCAAUCAUUCAUCUAUCAGAUCCUCUGCGGCUUGAAGUACAUCCACUCCGCGAAUGUCCUGCACCGCGACCUGAAGCCGGGUAACUUACUCGUCAACGCCGACUGUGAGCUGAAGAUUUGCGAUUUCGGUCUGGCUCGUGGCUUCUCCGUCGACCCCGAGGAGAACGCCGGCUAUAUGACCGAGUAUGUCGCUACACGGUGGUACCGCGCUCCUGAGAUUAUGUUGAGCUUCCAGAGCUAUACCAAAGCUAUUGAUGUUUGGUCUGUGGGAUGCAUUCUUGCCGAACUACUCGGAGGACGGCCCUUCUUCAAGGGCCGCGAUUACGUUGAUCAACUCAACCAGAUCCUCCACAUUCUCGGGACCCCGAACGAGGAGACCCUCUCGCGAAUCGGUUCUUCGCGCGCCCAGGAAUAUGUUCGAAACUUACCUUAUAUGGCUAAGAAGCCAUUCCCUAGCCUAUUCCCCAAUGCCAACCCCGAUGCGCUUGACCUUCUCGACCGGAUGCUAGCUUUCGACCCCUCUUCGCGCAUCAGCGUUGAGCAAGCUCUUGAGCACCCUUAUCUACACAUCUGGCACGACGCAUCCGACGAGCCCGACUGCCCAACAACUUUCAACUUCGACUUCGAAGUCAUUGAUGACGUCGCACACAUGCGAGAGAUGAUCAAGGAAGAGGUGUUCAGAUUCCGACAGCUGGUCCGGACAGCGCCGGGAAGCACGGGUUCGGCAGCGGGACAACAAGUGGCGCCGGGUCAAGUGCCAAUGCCUAGUGGUGGGAAUUCCCAAUGGCGUGCCGAGGACCCACGACCCCAGGAAUACAUGGAUCAGAUGGGACUGGAAGGGGAAUUACAGGGUGGCCUAGAUGCUGGCGGUAGAAGAUAGAAUCUCCACUACCUCAAGCGUGUUUGGGCGGCGGCAGAGGCGGCGGCGAAUGCAGAUUCAACUGAAUCGGGACAGCAAAAGUACGGAAGCUUGCCAAGG